CUGUUGACAUAAAUAAUAAUUUGGCUUCCUAAAGUCAUUGCGUCGACAUAACUAGGAAGUACUGCCAAAAGUGUCAGGCCUGUACAUUUAAAAUAUAUUUGUGCCAAUUGAAAUCCCUAAUAGUGUCUUUCUGAUGGGACAGUUGCCUGCUUUUGUCUUUUAAAGGUGCCGGUGUUCAUGAGUUUGUUUGCGUUUGGCACCACAUCACAUUAUUCCCAUUCUGCGCAGCGCCAGCUUCAACGCGUAAAGCUCUACCGGUUCGACCUUGAGUCACCUCUCUAACAGUAGCUUUUCAACACUGCCUACCCACGGUUUUCCAGUCCUUUGGUUGUUGAAAAUAGCUUGGCUGCUCCCUGUCGCUAUGGCUAAUUCCUUAGGAACCGGUGGAUCCAGUUUGAUCCAUCCCUCUCUUUCUUUCCCUUACCAACUCGUCAAGUCUUCCCCCUCGUUGUUCCUAUUGCAAAAGUUCGCCGCGCAAGGCUCAGCUACCAGUUCUGUGACUUCUCGUGAAAUGUUCUGAGUUGGAAUUAAGCGUACAGGUGGACGGGACGUCGCUUUGAAAGUGGGAAACCUCGACGGGACGCGCGCAAGAAGAGGCUCAGACAGACAGACAGUCACCUGUUGGACUCUGUAGAUGCGCACCUCCUCAACUUUUCUCUGCCUUUCAGAAGUUGCGCGCAUGAAUUAUUAGGUGUUUUUCACUUUCACUGGACUAUAACUCAAUCAUGUUGGUCUGAAAAAAAAAGUAUUUUCCUUUCAUCGUGAGACAUCACUGGACGGUAUAGGUGAUUUUUGUUUGUUUCUUUAAAGGGAGGUGGAGACAACUUGCCACCCACUCUUUCUGUCCUUGACUGAAAUCACCAACUAAUUUUGCACAGGGGAGACACUUGAAGAACUCCCAAAGCGCUUGAAAUGGAGGCUCCCGAAGAAUACUGUGCUAGUAACGGCCAAUACUCUCCUGGUAAGGAGAACUCGAGAAUGUUGGCGGAUAUGUCAGCACCUAAUGGACAGACAGUUCCUCAGGGUCCUAAUUCCCCCAGUGGGCUGACAAUUAAGCAAGAGGUAGACACCACAGAAGAGGCUGACACAAGAAGCCCAGCACCUGAAGAAUCAAGCCAAACAGGCGAUGAAGGAGUAGUAUUGGAGGAAUCCAUGACUGGCAGCCCAAGUAACAUACAGGAUGGAUUGUCUGGCUCAAAUGCGACAGCUGAUGCAGGAAAUCGACAACCAAAUGGUGACAGGCCGUUCCAGUGCAACCAGUGUGGUGUGUCGUUCACCCAGAAGGGAAACCUGCUGCGACACAUCAAGCUGCACACAGGUGAAAAACCCUUCAAAUGCCCCUUCUGCAGCUACGCCUGCCGGAGGCGCGAUGCCCUCACCGGCCAUUUGCGCACUCAUGCUGUUGGCAAACCACACAAGUGUAACUACUGCGGCCGCAGUUACAAGCAACGAACAUCUCUAGAGGAACACAAAGAGCGCUGCCAUAGUUACCUGCAGGGCAUCGGCUUGGAUCCCGCUGCCAACACUGGCCCUUACACAGGUGAGGUUCCAAAAGAGCCGAGGUCCAUGGCAGAGGCUAACACCAUGGCUAACUUUGACCGGCCGCCUAUUAUUGAAAGGCUCCACAGCAAUGUAGGCAAGAGGAAGAGCACCACGCCUCAGAAAUUUGUGGGCGAAAAGAUGGUUCGCUACGGCUAUCCUGAUUUAAGCUAUGAGAUGGGCCUGAAGUAUGAGAAGCAGCCUGAGCUGAUGCCACCCCACAUGAUGGACCAGGCCAUCAACAACACCAUCACAUACAUGGGAUCAGACACCCUGCGCCCCAUGCUCCACCAUCAUCCAGGUCCUCUGUCUAUGGCUGACGUUGUGCCCAUUGUCAACCCCCUGUUCCACCACAUCCUGCCUCUUGGCCAACGAACGGAGCGGCCAGGAAACUGCGACACGCUGCCACCACAGCCCCAUGAGUUCCCCGGCCAACCAACCUCAAAUGGCCCCUCAGCUAUAACCCGGCAUGGCAAGCCACCCCAGCCAGGGCAGGAGGAAUCACCCAGCAACAGCGGCAUUGACUCUGCUGACUCAGCUCGCAGCAGCCCCCAGGACAGGCAGGGCUACCAGGGCAGCAGCGCACCUCCUGGCCUCAGGUCUCGAGCCAGUCCGGCGGUGGUGUAUUCAGGCGAGCGGGUUAGAGAUGCGUCCCCCAGAAGCGGGGCAGGAGUGGCGACCGGGAUGACAAGAGUGACCACAGAGAGACCCGUGAGCCAGGAAGGGGUGAGGGUGUUCGGACGGGAAGGACAGGAGCUGCGGGCCUUCCAGUGCGAGCACUGUCGAGUGCUCUUCCUGGACCAUGUCAUGUACACCAUUCACAUGGGUUGCCACGGAUACAGAGAACCACUCGAGUGCAACAUCUGUGGUCACCGGAGCAAGGACCGCUACGAGUUCUCCUCUCACAUAGUCCGCGGUGAGCACACCUUCCAGUAAGAGGACGGUUAGGAAUGAAGGGAAAGACAAAGAAGUGAAAGGAGCAAUAGCUUGAUAUCCGUCCUUAUCCCCUCUGAGACUGCACAGUUGAAUGGCACUGUAGACAAGUGUAGCACAAUCACAGACUCAUUUCUAAGCUACUUAUUGUGAAUCUGAACAGUUGAACAAUCACAUGAAGGUAUGGGCCAAAGACACAUUUUCUACUUAUUUAAUUACAGUUAAUGUAGAGGAAGGAAGGUAAGAUGUUUUUUUUUCUUUUUCCUCACAAAAUGUUAUUGAAUUGUAAAGCAGCAGCUGUCAGAUGGUUAUUAUUUUUGUCUUUUUUUUCUGCUUUUCCCUUCCUUGAGCUUUUAUUGGCAAAUGCUUUCAUUCCUAAUAUAGUAUAAUAGAACCUUUUCCUGCCUUGUGGGGUCAGUGAGGUGGAUAAAUCAAGUUUCAGUUGAACCACAUAGAAUGUCAUGGCUUCAGUAUAUACUCCAAAAAUUCACACGUUACUGUAAGACUUUUGACUUCAUUGCCAGUGCUAGUACAUUACUGCCCAAACUGUCAUGAAUAUAAAUUAACCAUUUGCUCUUAACCACCAAAAACAGAUACAACAUACAACUUUUUGAGACAAUCUUUCCUGGUGUCUCAUAAAUGUAGGUUUCGAGACCUUGGAGGCUUUGAAUGUAAUCUGUGAAGUGAAGUAUCAAUACGGGUGAUAAACAAAUGUGUAAAUAUCCAGAAAUUGAAACUAGAUUUACAGAUGUAUAUCACAACUUGUAAAUUUGUAAAUUAUUGGAUAAACAUUGGUAAAUUAUGCUAAUCAUGAAUGUGUUUUCCUGAUUCCAAGAAAAAAAACAAUUUUAUUAGCGCACAAUAUAUCUAAUUUGUGAUGUUUGUUAAGUUUAGCCUAGCUUAGUUACGCUGCAAAGCAAAUGCUGCAUAGGCUACAUAACUAGCUGAUACCAGACAACUACCUCUUAACAAACACUGUAAGAUUGUGCUGAUGCUGCCAUUAGAUUGUUGUACUGUGCUUCUUUAUAUUUCCACGAAUUGUCCAUGCUUUAGUGGCUUAGUUUGUUCUUACACCAGCCAUGUUUUUACAGUUCUCAGUGGCUGAUAAAGCGCUUACGAACCGCUGGUAGACAAAUGAAAACCAUCAACUUCCUAUUGGUGGUUUGCAUAUUUAGAAAUUUUAAAGUCCUUUCAAAACAAAAAACAACAACAAAAAAUGAAUAUCAGUUUUUAAAAAUAAUAAUUUAAGCCACCUUUUGAAAAAUUGCCACAUGUUAAAAAUAUAUUUUAAACAUGCUGCCUUAUUUGGAAUGUUAAAAAGCAAAAAAAAAAAAAUGGCUUAUGGAAUUUUUUGGAAAAAUGUCCAACACUCUUGCAAGAGAGAAAAAAAAACCAAAACAAAAAACAUAUUUUGAUCUUUAUAUACACAAGGAAUAUUUCAAAUGCAAAUGUUAUGAUGUUACUUAAUUUGAAGCUGGAAAUAUAAUAAAUUUGGAAUGUAAAUAGGUUUAACAAAUAUCCUGUAUAAUUAAAAUUGUCAUACAUUUGUAAAUCUUUUUAUUUAUACUUCACGAAAAUGAAUUUGUUGCUUGUAUUGAGACUCGUUUCUCUUCGCCUCUAUUCAUUUUGCACUUACAAGGUAGAGCUAUUGAUCAUGAAGCAGACGCACACUGGAAGGUAAACAAGAAAGUACACAAAGUGUCACCUAAUCGUUCCUGUCAGCCCUGUGACCUUAAAGAGUACAGCCAUGGCCUUCUUUCUCUCAUCUCUUCUCUUCAAAGCUUCCAGGGUAAUCCACACAAAUAAUUGGCGAUUUGUUCAGUGCCUUUGUUGCACCUACAGAAAACUAUUACGUCCUGCUCAUGGGUUGUGCUGCUUACAAUUUGAGCGUCUCUAAACUUUGAGAAUCACUGUCUAUUUGAAAGUGACAGAUGACAAGGGCAGCCUAAAAAGACAGGAGAUGGUAAAGAAACAGUUUUGGUUUUGAUGAAUCUGGCAGUCAUUUAAUUACCAGGCUGCAGUAUGAUUCUUUAUGGCAGUGGGUAGCAAAGGGAUGUAGAGAUGGUGCAGGGUUCUCUCUGAUGUACCUCAUUUUACGCUUCAUGCCUUUCAUUCUGGCAGUUUUCAAGCACAGUAAAUACAUGCUUCUGUAUCUUUCAUCCUAUUUGUAAAUUAGGGCCAGUACAGGGAAACGUUCACGUGUUGCUGAAGCUGAACUCCUAAAAUGUUGUCAUGUUGGCUUCCUGUGGUAUUAUUAACCUGAUCUUGUCUGAGGAAGGCUGCUCUUUCUGUGCUCUACGUAACCACCUUCUCGCAAGCACAUACACACUAAUGUCUGGUGCUUCUCCUUGUGCUCUGAAUCUUGCUCUUUGCAUUGCCAUAAUGUCACCACAUUCAUGUAUGACCUUUGACUAAAGGGAUCAAGGUAGAAACAGCAUGAGCGAGAGAAUAGUUCAGGAGUGCGGUUACCGUGCACCGCUACUUUGAAGGCACUUCCCAGAACUGUAGCAUUGCAAAUCAUCUCUAUUAACUUCUUACAGUUAAUACAGGCUCAUGUAUAUAGGGUAAAAAAAAGAUACAGUAUGUUGAAGGAUAACAGAUUUUGAUCCAUAAGGCCAGUUUUUUCAUAGUUACUGUGUCCCCUUUGGAAGGACUCUGAGAAGACUGUGCUUGGUACAGUUAGUCAUGCACUUUAUGUGUCUUUGUAGUUUUUUUUAAUAUAUAUAUAUAUUAAAAUAUAGGUACAAUGGAGAACAGACAUUGACAGAACGAACCAUCUUGAAGCAGCAUGUUGGAAAUGAUAUGUAUAAUAUAGGUUUUUCUAUACUGUCUGAUGAACAUUGUUUAUUUCAUUUUAUUUUAUUAAAAUUUACAAGAACUUUGGCAUUAUUACUUUGCCGCUUCCGUUUUCCAUAAUCAUAAACAGCUGGUUAUGCUCUAAAGUUAAACUCAGCGAUCUCUUCUGUUAUGUCCAAUAUCUAUUCGUAAUCAAAAGGCAGCUUUUUCUCUGUUUACAUGUUGCUUCUUUUAUGCGCAACUGGUGCCCAGCGAGCAUAAAAACUUACUGUCUGUAAAGUGUUGGCACUGGAAAUUGUUUACACCUUGCAGCUGUGAUAUACACUCCUCUAUCAUAUUAUUCCUGUAUAUAUUUGUUUUCUGAUAAGCCUUAUCUGUUUAGACCGGGGUUCUGCUAAAACAGAAUAUCCUUUUUUAAAAAAUCUUAUGUUAAUAUGUAGGAUGUUUUUUUACUUCAUCCCCUUUAGAGGCAACAAUGACAAACAGAACAGAACUUAGCUUUAUUUUGGGACAGUAAAUUAAUGGUAUUUCCUCAAUUUCCAUUAAUUCUCAUUAAUAACUUCUUAGGGUACAUAAUCUGUCUAUAUAUCUGUUUAGAUGGAUGGAUAGAUAGAUGGAUAGAUGGAUGGAUGGAUUUCUGUUUUGUUCUCAUAGUAAUGUAGGAAUAAGGACAGCCUUACUUAUAAAUAGAAUCUUUAUCUGAAGCAGCCAUAUGAACAAAAAAAGAAAAAAAAAAGAAAAAAGAAUGAAAGGUCUUCUGUCAGCCCUCCCUGUGAGUGAGGACUUUACUUGAAUAUCUAAAUCAUUGCUAUUGUUAUAGAUUGUGGAGGUGUGUUUUUUUGUAAAUUUUGAAAGUGAGCGUGCUAAAUGUCUAUUUUUCUGCUGAAAUGUUAAUGCAAAUGGUUUUGUGAAUUUUGUGUGCGUGUGUGUGUGUGUGUGUGUUUUUUUUGUUUUUUUUUUUAAGUUUAAAAAUGUUUACAAAAAUGUAAAUGGCAGGGUACCCGGGUGCAUUGUAUUUUUUAAGAAAUAAUAUACAAACAGUGUAUAUUUUGGCACUGAAUAUAGAAACUAUCCAGUAAUGUGUGCUGAUUGAUCAACUCUGAUACUGAUACCAACUUUCUGAUGUGAGGGCUCUCAGGUAUUUGCUUAGGUUGUGUAUUUUUAUGUCCUAAGAUAUGUGAUUUAUUUAUCGAAAAGAUGCACAUUCAUUGAAUUCCUUUGGUAGUUUCUCUUGACUUACAACAGUUGAACACUGAAUGUGGUGGAGGAAGUUGGAAGACUGUUUAGCCCGGUUCAUUUUUUUUUGUUGUUUUUAUUUACAUCAUUGACCUUACAUGAAGACACACUGCUGUGAAGAGUACAAUGUAUAUUUUAAGGCAUGAGUUUCUCUCUAUUAAAGAAAUGGUUUUAAUG